GCCGAGGAGGGGGCGAUGGCGGGUCGGCCCGGCGCCGCGCUCCCGGGCAGACCCGGGGGCCCGCGGGUGCCGGGGUGCUGGGGCGGCUGGCGGGUUCGGGCACGCGCCGCGACCUUCCUGCUGCUGUGGCCGCUGGCCGGGUUGGGCGCGGGGAUAAAGAACGACUUCAGUCUGGUGCAGCCGCUGGUCACCAUGGAGCAGCUGCUGUGGGUGAGCGGCAGGCAGAUCGGUAAUGUGCACACCUUCCGAAUCCCGCUCAUUACGGCCACUCCUCGGGGUACGCUCCUUGCCUUCGCUGAGGCGAGGAAAAUGUCCACGUCGGAUGAAGGGGCCAAGUUCAUCGCUCUCCGGAGAUCCACUGACGAGGGCAGCACGUGGUCUCCAACAGCCUUCAUUGUAAAUGAUGGGGAGACCCCAGAUGGGCUGAACCUUGGGGCAGUGGUGAGCGAUAUGGAGACGGGAGUGGUAUUCCUUUUCUAUUCCCUCUGUGCUCACAAGGCUGGCUGCCAGGUGGCCUCCACCAUGUUGGUGUGGAGCAAAGAUGAUGGUGUUUCCUGGAGCCCACCUCGGAAUCUCUCCUUGGAUAUCGGCACUGAGAUGUUUGCCCCUGGACCAGGCUCUGGCAUUCAGAAGCGGCACGAUCCGCGGAAGGGCCGCCUCAUCGUGUGUGGCCAUGGGACGCUGGAGCGGGACGGGGUCUUCUGCCUCCUCAGUGAUGACCACGGCGCCUCCUGGCGGUAUGGUAGCGGCGUCAGCGGCAUCCCGUAUGGCCAGCCCAAGCGGGAGAACGAUUUCAACCCUGACGAGUGCCAGCCCUAUGAGCUCCCAGAUGGCUCAGUCGUCAUCAACGCCCGCAACCAGAACAACUACCACUGCCACUGCCGAAUCGUCCUCCGCAGCUACGAUGCCUGUGACACGAUCCGGCCUCGAGACGUGACCUUUGACCCUGAGCUGGUAGAUCCUGUGGUGGCUGCUGGGGCUGUAGCCACUGGCUCCGGCCUUGUCUUCUUCUCCAAUCCAGCCCACCCAGAAUUCCGAGUGAACCUGACCCUGCGCUGGAGCUUCAGUAAUGGUACCUCGUGGCGGAAGGAGACAGUCCAGCUGUGGCCAGGCCCCAGUGGCUACUCCUCACUGGCUGCCCUGGAGGGCAGUGUUGGGGGGAAGGACCAGGCGCCCCAGCUCUACGUCCUGUAUGAGAAAGGCCGGAACCAGUACACAGAGAGCAUUUCCCUGGCCAAAGUCAGUGUCUAUGGCACACUCUGAGCUGUACACCUGCCACCAAAGUGGGAGGCCUGGACAUUGUCCUCAGGACCCUGGGCCCAUGGAGGAUCUGCUAGAGAUCCCUAAAAGACAGUUCCAUCUUCCUUGAGACUCUAGCCUCUUGCAAAGCCAGUUUCUCUUUCACUCUGUUAGGACUGCAACUCUGGCUUCCUGCACACAGGAAGUCCUGCCCUCACUCUAGAGUGCUUCCCUGCACAUCAUUGCUGGCUCUGGCCCCCUACCCCUUCUGCCUUCCUGGGGUGAUGAUUGGUCCUUUGUUUAGGCAGGGCUAGGCAGCCCUGUAGAAUUGAAUAAAUGUGAACUCAGGGAGUUGGAGAAGGCUGAGCUUCCUCUCCAGGGUAAGAUACUAGCUAUGGAGCGGGUUGGUGAAAGUCCUGGAAGGGCAAUAUUUGGAUUCAGGGUAAAGAACUAGGUGCACCACCCACCUUGACUAUUUAUAAAUCGAAAUAUUUGUAACUUAAACAUUUUUAAUGAAGGAGGAGGAGCAUUUGUACAGUCUGUGUGAUUGUGUUAAUGUGCAUCUUUGUGUCUGUUCUGCGUGUGCACUUUUAAGUGGCCAGGGAAGAGUUUUGAGGAAGAAGCUGGUGCAUUUAUUGCUCAUGUAGCAAAUUGAAUCCUCCUUUCCCUUUUACCCUCUUCUUUAUCACAGAAAAACAGAUUCAAUUUCAUAGAUGUAAUGAGUGGCAGGGGGAGCCCCAAGGGAUAUUUAAAAAUCUGCCCUGUUUUGUAUUGCUGAGAUGGAGUCCUCUGUGAUGCAGGGCGCAGGUGCGUGAAAUGCACAUGGGAAGCCUCUCCCAGGCCAACAUGGCAGAAAAAUAAGCGUAUGUGAGCAAAUAGCACUAUCCUAAGGCAGAUGCUAUGAAGAGGAUGGGCAGCCUACAGAUGAGUGGGAAAGCCGUAGCUUUCCUGUUUGGAAAGAAAAUACAAGGCCUAGAUGAGGUGGUAAGAGUGGUAAAGAUUGAGGAGUAAGGCCCAUAUCCACUUACAGUUAGAGGUUUAUUUUACUUUUAACGUGCUUCUCUAAGAAAUGUUAGGAUAAUUCAUUCUGUCAGAAAAAAUGGAAUAAUCUCACUGUAUGUGAGGAUAUGGUGCAAUUAUAUUUGAUUCAGAAUUUGUGAACAAUAAUGUAAUACUUCAAUUUUUUUCACUUACAGACAUUUUAAAAAGCAUAAAGGUAGAGAAAAUAGUUAAUGAAA